AGCACCAGGGUAGCCAUUCCACAGCAUUCUAGAUCCCUCCACCAUCGUCGGUUUCAGAGAAAGCAAGCAACGUUUUUACUUGCUCCUUCGUCUCUUCCCCCUCCAAGACACCUUCACAAUUGCUGUUGUUUCUUCCCAUCCGAGCCACCAUCACAAUCGGAGCUCACAAGAAAUCUCCUGUCAAACAGAAGGUGCGUAAUUUUCUUCUCUGUUUUUCUUUUCUCUCUCUCUCCGAUGCCUGCUUCUUGCUCCACCAUGGCAGGACGCCGACUCCACGCGGCGCAGAUUCCCGGCCCGCCUCCUCCAGCACGCCAUACCGCUGCAGCAUCCUCCCUUCGGCUAUGACGCGGAACACGCCGAGGAGCUCGACAGCGGAGCGCGUGUAGGCGACCUCUCCACGCGGCGCAGAUUCUCGGCAGAUUCCCGUCCUUCCCUCCAGCACGCCAUACCGCUGCAGCAUUCUCCCUCCGGCUGUGACGCGGAACACGUCGAGGAGCUCGACAGCGGAGCGCGUGCAGGCGACCUCCAUUCUUCGUCCUCGAGCUCAGUUUGAGCUGAGCCGAGCAGACCUGCUGUUGGCGCCGCGCCGGCCAUCCUACAUCACCUCCUCUCGAUUCCUCGCGCGAGCGCCAUCUCCAACCCCUCCUCCACCUUCACCAAACCCCGGUCACGCUCCUCCCCAGCCGAACCGCCCGGAAUCGAAGCUGCACGACCGGCCGCCAUGGAAGAUCCGCCUGAAGCUCCAGCAGCGCGUCGAAGCUCCACCAUGGAUAAGUUGUCUAUUAUGGUAUCUAUAGCUGAGGUGGACAUGCUUAUUUCUAUAGAUGAAAGCCCGUUCCCACGGCGCACAAAGAAAUUGGCCACGUCGGCGGUAAAAUUUCGUGCCGUCGGAUUUGUGAUCUAACGGCUAGAAAUCGGCCGGGGCCGCAGUUAUUUUUCAUUUAGGCCCUCGUAUUUUUUGAAAAUCAACCUGCAGUCCACGGUAAAAAUAUCUUCUCUUCUCUUUGUCUCGGAAUUUACCAAUUAAGCCCUCAUUGUUUUUCGAAACCAACCCGCAGUCCGCGGUUAAAAAAUCGCUCGCCCCUCUCCUCUUCCCGUUUCACGGUGGCAAAAAAAAAACUCUCUUCCUGCGCCCUCCUCCCUCCUCGCUCGGCGGCGCUGGCGGAGUCCACGGGGCCACGGCGGCAGCGGCCAUGGCGCGUCCGCUGCUCCCUCUCCUUCUCCUCCGCCGCCCGCACGACUCCUCCACGCCGCGCCGUCCCCGUGGCUCGUCCCUAUCCCUUUCUCCAUCGCCGCCGCCUCCGCCGACGCCGCCGCCGCCUCGCGGGUCCGCCCCGGCGCAGAUCCGCUUUUCCCUCGAGUGGAUCCGGCGCGGGCGGCGGCCAACCGGUUCGAGCUCUGCGGCGAGCCCCUCCUCCUCCCUCGGCGGCGUCACCUUCCCCUUCGCGUCGGACAUGCGGAGGCGGCCCUGCGGCGGCCGACCCACGGCGGAGCCAUGGUGAGAGGGCGAGCGCGCGGCUGGAUGUGCUCCUCCUCGGUCUCCUCGCUGUGCCGGCGGCCAAGCUCCGCCGCCCCCUCCUCCCUCCUCCCUCCUCCCUUCCGCUCUCAUGGCGGCGGCCGGCGGCGCUGCUGCUGCUCCAGGUCGGGCGGGGCGGAGAUGGUUCCGAGCGCGGCAGAGCGGGCCGGCGCGGUCUGCAAAGGCAGUCGUCGCCCUAGGGGUGGAGGCGGCGGCGGCCCGACGGAGGGAGGGGCCACCUGCCUCAACCGCUCUUGCCUGCGCCCGGCCCCUCCCUUGCAGCAGGUCUAGCGGCGGCGAGCCCCACCCGCCAUGGCCUCCGACGCGCGGCUCGUACUGCCGCUCCCGCCCGUCUCUUCGGUCAGCCUCCUCCCAGAAGACGGCGAGGACGCGGCGUCGGCCACGGCCGCCCCCUGCUCCUUCGACUCUGGCUCCCCACAUCCCGCCUUCCUGCUCCUCCGAUUCCCGGCCAUGGGGGCUGCCAGGCGCCAGAUCCGGCCGCGGGAGGCUCGUGGGUUGCGAGGCCAGCACGGCUCCGGCCGCGUGCUGUAGCGGCGACGGCGGCCGCUGUUCAACCAGGACAUUGGAUUUCUUGAUGGGAGACGGUGGCAGCCAAGAACCGGGCCUCAGCCGCUUAGUGGAUGGCUUACCGUUUCGAGGACUGAAGAGUUUGGCGGCGCGCAGUGGACGCCUUUUCGGAUUUGCCUUGGUAGAAUAUACAAAGGAAAACAAAAAGAUAUAUCUACAUCAAUGUUAUCCUAGCAACAAAGGCACUCAGCAUCUACUGCCGUUAUUUCUCCUGGUUCGCCCACGCAGCUACUUCGGCAACACACUUUGACAGCAUGUACUUGGGUACCCAGUGAUUAUGUACAGUCAACGGCUCACUUUUUGCUCCCAAACAGAGUCCUUUGUUCGCCUUUCAGUUAUGUACCCCUCCUAUGUGAACAACCGCUUAAUGAUUGUACUGUAAAUUAUGGUUCCAGCCGAGGUUGUAAUGCAGACUCUCCAUGACAUGUGUAGGCUCUAA